AUGUACAUUCUACCCUGGGUCCUUUCCUUGGUGGCAGUGUCGAGUGCUGCUCCAACAAACUUCUUCGACGAUGCCUAUGACUUCUCCGAAGAGCUUCUUGGAUACUACAGCAAAGUGAGCCAAAAAAUCAACCAAAUUGGGCAGACAUCCGAGGCAUCAGCUGUGCAAUGCGAUACAUCCAAAAUCUCGCUUCCAUCUUAUGCAUCCAGUCUGCCAAGUCCGACUGGUCUGUCACCCUUGUAUGUGGGUCUUGGAAGAGGUACUCAGAACUAUACCUGUGCCGAUUCCACCUCAGGCUCCACACCUACAGCCAUUGGCGCGGUCGCGAACCUCUAUAAUACCACUUGCCUUGCUGCAAACUACCCAGAGGUUCUGCAGAUGCUCCCUACCAUUGCAUACAAGAUUGCUAUUCCUACAAGCGAGUAUGCGACGUUCCCACCCGCCAACCUUGAAUUGAUGGGCCACCACUUUUUCUAUAAUUCUACCACGCCUGAAUUCAACUUGGAUACCACCACGGAGAAGCAAUAUGGUAUUGCGAUGACCAACAAGAUUGAUACAAUUGAUGCCCCUUCGAGCGCUACCGAGGGCCAAUACGGUGCUGUUGCCUGGCUCUACCUCAAGGCUGUAUCUGGCACUGUCGGCAAUUAUAAGGCCGUCUACCGAGUCGAUACUGCCUCGGGUUCCCCCCCAACCACCUGUAAGGGGAUGGAGUCUUCGUUUGAAAUUCAGUAUGCCGCACUCUAUUACUUCUAUGGCUAG